AUGCUUCAGACGCAAUCUCAACACGUCUUCUCCCAUCAGCAUCAGUAUCCGCAGGCUGAUCCUUCCUGGCUGCAACAUCAGCAGCAACAGCAACAGCAGCAGCAGCAGCACCAUCAAGCCCAGCCCCAUCCCCACCAGACUCAACAACAGCAUUCUUCGCUGGUAGCCCAACAUGCUCAAGUCCAGGCAGCCGCCGCAGCCGCCGCCGCCGCUCAACAACAACAUUACAACCGCAUAGCCAUGGGCGGAAACGGUGGUGGUGCUGGGAACCCGGCGCAAGGAGCCGGUGCUGGAGCUCUCAACGGAGAAGGCGCUUUGUCUGGCGCGGUGUCGGCCAUGGAUGGCGGGAUUAGCGAUGAGAACAGGAAAGUGUUCAUCUGGGUUGCCGAGUUGCUAGACCCGAACCGCCGGGAGGCUGCCUUGAUGGAGCUCAGCAAGAAAAGAGAGCAGGUUCCUGAGUUGGCGCUGGUUAUCUGGCAUUCUUUUGGCGUUAUGACUGCCUUGCUCCAGGAAAUCAUCUCCGUCUAUCCGCUUUUGAACCCCUCGCAGUUGACCGCUGCAGCGUCGAAUCGUGUUUGCAACGCGCUGGCUCUGUUGCAAUGUGUUGCCUCUCACAAUGAGACUCGUACCCUGUUUCUGAAUGCUCACAUCCCUCUUUUCCUAUACCCCUUCCUCAACACGACUUCGAAAUCUCGCCCGUUUGAAUACCUUCGUCUUACUUCCCUCGGUGUGAUUGGGGCGCUUGUCAAGAAUGAUUCGUCUGACGUGAUCAACUUCCUCUUGACCACUGAAAUCAUUCCUCUCUGCCUCCGCAUCAUGGAGACAGGCUCAGAACUCAGCAAAACUGUUGCCAUCUUCAUUGUACAAAAAAUCCUUCUUGAUGACAUUGGCCUUGCAUAUAUCUGCGCUACAUACGAACGCUUCUAUGCUGUGGGGACGGUUCUGAGCAACAUGGUGACUCAGCUUGUGGAGCAACAGACAGUGAGACUGUUAAAACAUGUUGUCCGCUGCUUCCUUCGCCUGAGUGAUAAUAGUAGAGCUCGCGAAGCUCUACGCCAGUGUCUCCCCGAACCCCUUCGCGAUGCCACCUUUUCCUCUGUGCUGCGUGACGACGCGGCGACGAAGCGUUGCCUCGCGCAGCUGCUCAUCAAUCUCUCCGACAAUGUUUCUGACGGCGCUCCGGGAGUCACUAUGCGAAGACGGAUCACACGGCGCAAAUAG